AUGGACCCGGAAAGACAGCCAUUGCUGCAGCAGGCAAGGAGAGUGAGACCGCUGAGCUACGAAGAAGUACUACGUACGAGUACCCAGCUACCCUGGCGAAGUGCCAGGUUCCUCAUCAUCCUCUUAUUCUGGGCAACAAUGGCUAUGUUCCUGUCAAUCAUUGUUUGCAUACUCCUCACUAGCGCCUGCUCCAUUUCCGGAAACGGACCUUCAGUACCACCCGUACAUUUGACCUUUGCACCUCUUAUAUCGAGAACUAUGCACUAG